AUGGCGAGGGGCGAGAGCGCCGAGGGCGGCUGCGGGCAGCGCUACGGGACGGCGGCCGGGCUGGCCGUGGGGGGCCUGCUGUGCCUGGGCCUCGGGCUGGUGCUGCUGCUGACCGUGCCCGGCCUCUUGCGGCAGCAGGUGAUGAAGAAUGUCCGAAUCGAUCCCGACGGUGCCAUGUACUCCCUUUGGAAAGAUCUGCCUCUGCCCUUCUUCAUCUCUUUCUACUUCUUGGAGGUGGUGAAUUCCAAGGAGGUCCUUCUAGGCGCCAAGCCAGUCCUGAACCAGCGGGGGCCGUACGUCUACAGGGAAUACAGGCAUAAAAAGAACAUCACUUUUCAUAGUAACCACACGGUCUCCUUUUUGGGGUAUCGGACCUUCAUCUUCCAACCGGACCGUUCCAACGGAUCGGAAAAUGAUUACAUCGUGAUGCCGAAUAUCUUGGUUUUGGGAGCAGCGGUCAUCUUGGAAAAAAUGCCGUUUCCCCUGAGGUUAACCUUCAGCAGCGCUCUGGCCUUCUUCCGCCAAAGCGCGUUCAUGAACCGGACGGUGGAGGACAUCAUUUGGGGCUACCGCGAACCCUUCGUUCAGUUCUUGAGCAGCCUCGGGGUCACUGUGGGCCCGUUCAGUGAAAAAUUCGGCUUGUUGGCCGACUUAAACAAUUCCCACUCGGGUCUCUUCACGGUGUUUACGGGCAUGGGCGACAUCAACAAAGCUCACAUGGUGGACAGUUGGAAUGGAUUAAAAAAGGUAUCAUUCUGGCAUUCUGAUCAAUGUAACAUGAUCAAUGGAACUGCAGGAGAACAGUGGCCACCUUUUAUGACACCAUCUUCACCUGUGGAACUCUAUACUCCUGAUGCCUGCAGGUCAAUUAAAUUAAAUUAUACCAUGUCUAGAAAAUUCAGAGGGAUACCAGUUUAUCAUUACACAGCUCCGAAGAACCUGUUUGCCAACGGGACCACCUAUCCACCCAAUGAGGGCUUCUGCCCGUGCCGGCAAUCCGGAAUCCAGAACAUUAGCUCCUGUAAAUCAAAUGCACCGAUGUUUAUUUCUCAACCUCAUUUCUUCAACGCUGAUCCAGCUUUACUGGACACGGUUGAAGGUUUACACCCGAACGAAAAGGAUCACGAUCUGUUUGUUGAUAUACAUCCG